AUGAGAACUCAAUAUGAGGCUCUGGAGCAUCACUACCCGAAGGAGCUCAAGUUCAAGCUGUACAAACGCAAGGCUCGUAUCUUGGUGGACCUAAAGCGGCACUUGGAGGCUCGGGACUCGUUUCGGCAGGCACUCAAAUGGCUCGACUGGGCCAAAAUGGAUCGUGAUAAGAGGAUGGAAGUUCAGAAAGACAUACAGAAGUGGCUUAGCAUAUUCGAGAGCGGCAAAGUCGUCAAAAAUGUGGGAGACUUCCGUGUGAAGCUGUUCCCCACGGUGCCGCCGCUGACCCAGGGCCCACACGCCGUCUUCCCGACGCUGUCCAGCAAACUCGAGAUGCGAUACUCGCCCACGCAGGGCCGCUACGUCGUCGCCGCUGAGGACAUCAAAGUUGGCGACGUUGUCUGUACCGAGAAGCCUUACGCCGCGGUCCUGCUUUGGGAGGAGUUCGGCACGCACUGCCAGAAUUGCUUUAUUAUAACCCGUGCGCCGAUACCGUGCACGACGUGCUCGGGCGUCGUGUUCUGUUCGUCGGACUGCCGUGACACGGCUUACUUCCACAAGAUCGAGUGCAACAUCAACGAUCUACUGCAUGGCUCUGGCAUGUCCAUUAACUGCUUCCUCGCCUUCAGGAUGUUAACCCAGACGCCCCUGACUUUCUUCAUGAAGAACAAGGAGCAGCUUGCGCUCGAGGAAGAUCCAGAGGCGAUUCUCCGCUUGAAGCCUCGGGUCAAAGCCUGUGAUAAUAAGAACGCUAACGCCGACACCGCGACCGAGGCUCUCAACGUCCCGAGUUCGCCGGAAGCUCCGCUGUCUCCGUCGAAUGGCUCGUCUGAACACAAGAACUCCAACGGCAACGCAGGGGAAGACUCUGAUAAAGAAAAUAAAGACAAAGAUGAAAACAAAGAGUUGAAAGACGUAAAGUUUCACGAGUUACCCGAGGAAGAACAAAAGCGAAUUAUUGAGGAGGAGGAAGCACAACGAAAGAAGCUCGAGGAGCAACGAUUGCUUGCUGAAGAGCAAGAGUACCAAAAGGCUCGUGAACGCAUCGAAGAAGCUCGAAGGAAGAGAGCUGAAGAGCAAAGGCUUAAGGAGGAGAUGUUCUGGAGGGUAUACCACCUAGUGAGGCACAGCCAAGACAGAACUGUUGAAGAUUACUUCCAUCGCACCAUCAUGGCUUGCUUUCUGGUCAAGGCUCUUAAGAAGACAAAGUAUUUCGAUGACUUCAAAGGGACUGGAGUUGUUAAGAUCCUUCAGACCGCGGCAGACAACGAGCUGAAGUUGACCGAGGCAGAGGCACUAUCAGGAGGCCUGGUGCUCAGGUUCCUGCAGAUCAUUCAGUUCAACGCCCACGAGGUGUCCGAGUUCUUCCUCGCCUCCAAUAAGUCGCUAGACGGCGCUAAGAAUAAUAGCCUCGGUGCUGCCAUAUACCCCACGCUGGCUUACUUCAACCACUCGUGUAACCCUGCCCAAGUGAGAUACUUCAGUGGAAACUCGGUGAUCACGAGGGCGAUCCGUCCAAUCGCCAAGGGUGAGCUGGUGCCAGAAAACUACGGUCCCUGCUACUCGACCAAGGGCAGGUCUGAACGCCGGUUGCAGCUCGUCGACAGAUAUUGGUUCGAGUGUCAGUGCGAGGUGAGGUUUGUCUUUUCGAUGAGACCAUGUAAUAUUUGAUGGCCGACGUUCGAAAACAUGGACUCGACGCGCCUGAAGUUCAAGUGCCAUAAAUGUCAGGCGCCGUUGCUGGUGCCAGUGGACAACCCCAACCCGCUGUACAAGUGCGUCCGCUGUGGGGACCAAACCAACAUCCUCGCCGCCCUCAAGAACCUGCAGAACUCGGAGAAAACUUUCCAGGCGGCGACAACCGAGCUCCAAGCGUUCAAUUUGGAAAAAGCGGAAAGUCUACUGAAGGAGAACCUGGAGCAGCUGAGCUCCACGCUGUGCCCUCCGUUUAGGGACUAUCACCUGACGCAGGAGGCGUACAUGAAGUGCAUCCUGUACAGCGGCAACUGCAACAUCAAGCGGACUCCGGCUCCUCUCGAGUAAAAUCUUACCAGGGGAAAAG